AUGAAGCCGAAAUCAGAUCUGGCCACUCUUCCUCCUACCAGAGCAGCUUCGAAGCAGCACUCAUUGAGAGUGUACUUACAGAUACAACAAUGGCUCGGCAACCCCCUACCACCCACUCAAUGGGGCUGGGCCAGAGGGGACGAUGGCAUCCUAAAGCCAGUGACAACCAAUGAUCCAGUGGCACCUGAGUCCAUUCUCAACACCAUAUUUUGCCGGUGCACGACUGGGUGUGGGGUGCGAUGCGGCUGCCGGAAAGCAGGAAUUGCCUGCUCCAGGGUCUGCGGCGUAUGCUCCGGCUCAUGCACUAACGGAGCCCCCAUCGAAAACACCGUCGACGAUGAUGUUGAUGAUGAUAUUUUAUAUUUAGAAGAUAAUUAG